CCGGUGUCUACACCACUGCCCUGCGACGCCUCUUUCCUUUCCUGCUUUCUAUCCGGAUUGCGAUCGCGGAGAUCCUUGCGCGAAAACGUUCGUCUAUGUCUCGCUAGAUAUGCUACCCCGACUUCAUAUAGACCGGUCUCUGUGUGCAGUACGGCUCACCUAGGCCACCAGAAACCACGCCGGAGGCGACAAUACGCAGCAUCUUUUCUAAUCCGGAGACCUUGCGUUGAAGCGCUGCAUUCACCAGCUCUCUCGAGUGCGUCUACUGAAUUGCCAGUGUCAGCGUGCGGCCAUCCGAGCAACUCAUUGGACUCAGGGCAACCAUGUCCACUUUAUCCCCCCAGCUCGUCCAGAAUGAGUCGCCGACUGAGAUGGCGUUCUACGAUCCCAAUUACCACGAUCCUUAUCUUUCGGCCCCGUUGGACCCGGAUGAGGCCUCUUUCAAGUCUUCCGCCAUCAGAUUAACUCCCGUCAACGGGGAAGACCAGGGCGGAAGAAAUUCGUCCUCCCCUCUCAAUCCCCACACACAUGAUGAUAUUACUGGCCCCAACCAAGCAUCGUCCUACUCGGAGUUCCUCAGCCCAACGGAAGAUUUUUCAAGUGACAUGAGUGCCCACACGUCCCCGAGCGCCGAGAUCUUGUCGGCAGGCUUCAGCAUGGACAUGGACCUGGGGUCUGGUGGCUUGCAACGCGACAAUGGCAUGGCUCUGGGCAUACAGAAUAUGACCAUGGAUGAUGCAUUCGGCCCCAAGCCAAGCGGGAUAAUGUCGUCGCCAUCAACCAUGCAGCCGUCUCAAUCAAUGACUUGGGAUCCAAACCACAACCUGGGACUCUCCCCGGGUACUGGUGGUAUUGGGAACCCACCGCAACCUCGACCCCUUUCUCGCCAUCCUCCAGGCCUCUCGCUGAUCACAAGCCCUCCGAGCGAUAACCUGAGUGUCCUUGCAGUGCCCGAUUCGGCCAGGGCGCGAAGCCCAAUUGUCAAAAUUGAGAGCUAUUCUCGUGGGGAUUCGCCAGUCAGGGAUCCCUCUCUGCCCGGGCGACGACGCAGCAUGUCCUCCACACAUCUGUCGCCAAACGACAUGACUAGUGAAUCGGACGGGGAUGGCUUGGAUGACGACCACCAGGGAUUCGGCGCAAACUAUUCAGCGCCGCGAGCUUAUGACGGCUCCUGGAUUCCAAACAUAGCUACCGGGCAUGCAGGCGUCGAGCCUUCAUCCCGGGAUGACAUCUAUGUCCCAAGUCCAAACGAUAUGGAGACACAACGGCGGAUGCAAGAGAAGAACGCUGACAUCCAGUCAUGGUCAGUCUCCGUAAGUGCGGCGAACAGUGAAGCAGGGGAUGAUGAGACAUCCAUGCAUCGCGCCCAUAAUGGUCACAUGGGGGGCAGACGUAGGGCGAAAAGUGCCGGUGAUCCUUCAAUUCAGCAGGACUAUUUCACUCUGAAAACUCGGUUGCUAGAGCCCGCCAUCCCAGGUCCUGGGCUUCUUCUCCACGAGAGUAGCGCUGAAGAACUCAGCGAGGAUGGAUUGGGAAGUGCAGGAAGCAAGUCGGAUUCCCCGGCUGUCAGUGUGAAUGAAGCAUUAUGGGCUCAAAGGGACACGGAAAUUACCCCUCCUCUCGACCAGCCCAGGCCCGAGGAUGAAGAGCCAUCACCCCAUCAGUUUCUGGGGACUCAUCCAUGGCGGGACUCGGAUCACGACCCAUCUCCCCGAACAAUAAGGAUCCAGCCUUCAAGUUCAAGUGCAGCCAUGAUGGAAUACCAGCGACGAGCGAAGGACAUUGACACAGCAUCCCGCUCAGCAACCUGGGGCACAAGGUACCUGAACGAUGCAGAAGUCAACAGUAUCAUGGGUCCAGGGGGUUCCUUUGAGAGCCUGUUCAUCAGUAACGAUAACAACAAAAAGCAUGAGAGGAGAAGUAGCCUCCGUAAACUUCUGCACAGAAAGCCGUCCAGCAACUUGAAGCGACGGCUAUCUGACCUUUCCAUCAUCCCUCCCAGCACGGACAGUGCCAGCAAAGGCGAUGAGGUCAAAAGCCCCCCAUUGAGGAAAGACAGCUUCCCGCAUCGACUGAAUCUGGGCCGAUCCAGGUCCCCAAGUCUGAAUACCAGUAGCGCCGUGAUCGCUAUUGCCGGUCAAAUGGCCGCCAUUGGCGGUAAGGACUCCCUCAGGGCUGCAUCGCCGAGUGCCACCACUGGCCCCUGGCCAUCCCUCAAGGGUCGUGGUAGAAGUAGAAGCGAAUUGCCAAGGGCUUCAGUGCCCGGACUGAUCGACCUGAUGACCAGUCAUGGCGGGCCGCCUGUUCCCAACAUCGCCUACUCGCCGCGACCGACCGACCGUCAUGAAACCCAGCAGGCAAGCCCUAAUAAAGACAGCGCCGGGGGGGGCGCAGAUGACGAGGAUGACGAGUUGGUAGAUGAGAAAGGAUUGGUGAUGCAGUUCCCCGUUCCAUCGCACCUACCGGUGCCCACGCUUGAAGGCUUUAAGCACCAGAUUACCCAGCUGAACCCUCGACUUCCACCGGCACUGAUCGACCGCUUUGCGCACGAACAACUUCGCCGAUACCGAAAGCUGGUUGAAGGCAAGCAGGCUCAUAUGGGCGCUGUUGGUCAGAAGAAGUGUGCCUCUGGUAAUUUCUGCUUUGCACUCGGCGGCGAGGCCAAAUCGCUGGGUCCUCGCGCAAACCCUGAGGCCGCGCACACGCAGUUCCACAUUCCGGGGCAUGGAGAGGUUGAGGACGAUCCCACGAAGCUUGGAGAGGGGGCAGUCACGGCCGCGCAAUUCCCCCCCGGCGUGCCCUUGCCGCCCGUGAAGCGGCUACCGGCGGAGUUCGAAUGCCCGGUGUGUUUCCAGGUCAAGAAGUUCCAGAAGCCAUCGGAUUGGACCAAGCAUGUUCACGAAGAUGUCCAGCCUUUUACCUGCACGUUUCCUAAUUGCUCUGACCCCAAGUCGUUCAAGCGGAAGGCCGACUGGGUCCGGCACGAGAGCGAGCGACAUCGACAGCUGGAAUGGUGGACGUGUACGGUUCCCGACUGCCAUCAUACCUGUUACCGGAAGGACAAUUUCGUCCAGCACCUGGUUCGUGAGCAUAAGAUGCCGGAGCCCAAAGUCAAGAAAACCAAAUCCCCGGGAUCGGCAGCCAGAAAUGCGGGCGACUCGGUUACUCCAGAGAUGCAGGAGGAAGCCAACCGGGAACGGGAGAUUGAACAGCUUUGGGAUCUGGUGGAAAGGUGCCGUCACGACACGGAGAAGGGCCCCAGGGACGAGCCGUGCCGGUUCUGUGGCAACGUCUGUAGCAGCUGGAAAAAGCUGACCGUGCACUUGGCCAAGCACAUGGAGCAGAUCGCCAUGCCGGUUCUAGCGCUCGUAAACGAGAGGGAUCUUUCAUCGAACGACGUGAUCAGCCCGGCUGGUAAGAGCGAUCCCGUCUCCCACCGGGGCUCCCUCACGCCCGAAGCCACUCGUUUCAUGCCCAGGCUAGAGGGGGUCGAGGGAACACCCGCGAUGUCGAUGAAUCCCACGCAGAAUGCCGAGAGAGGUGGGGAGCCUAUGAUGGGGUUCCCCCCGUCCCAUCCCCGCACCUUCACCACCAUGCCUGGCGGAUGGAUCUCCGCCGAGCCUGAGUCAAUUGACGCGUACGACGAUGCGCCCGCCAUGCGGCCACUUUCGAGCCUGCCAGGGGGGGCGGUGGACCAGACGCGACUGAUGCCCGUCCAUCAGAACUCGGUGACCUACCCGCCCCCUUUCAACGCGGGCCCUCGCCCGCGAGCCUCCAGUCAGAAUCUCGGGGUGGUGCAGGCCCCGUACGGGUUCGCGAUAUCGCCGCGGGAGAUGCAGGCGCGGUACGAUCAUCAGGGGCCGGUGUACGUGUCAUCCUCCGCGGAGAACGGCUACGGUUACCAGAGCGCAAUGCCCCUGCCCCCGGCGAUGCCUUACGUUCCGGGAGGCUACCGAGAACAGCCCUAAUCCUCGACCCUGCCGGGCGCAGCAGCAGACCUGCAGAUCGUGGGGGGGGGUUCUUCUUCCAUACAUAGUAACUAGCGCAUCAACUAAUGUGAUGUCAGC